GAGAACGGCGUCGCGCUCACGCAGCGCCUGGUCGCCGAGCGCGCGCCGUGGCCGUCCUGGGAGUUCCGCCAGGAUGGGGACACGGUGGUCUUUGUCAACAACACGUUCCUCGGCAGGAUCACGGAGGAGAUCCAGGUGGGCGCGCCGGCCUACGCGUCGGUGGACGGCUUCGGCCAGGAGCUCUCCUGCCGCGCCUUCUGGGAGGGCGGCGCGCUGGUCAUCGAGCGGAGCGCGCCGCAGGGGCGCUUCCGGGAGGAGCGGUGGCUGGAGGGCGGCCAGCUGCACUUCCUCCUCAAGAGCCUCGAGGCGGGCCGGCAGACGUCGUGGGGCCGCACGUUCAGGCGGAAGUGA